AAACCUGGUCCACAUCAAACAGGUUUAGUGUGUAGCUGCACUGCUCUGGGUCGAGGCCCGGUGAGACGUUGGGUUCACCUGACCACGUGGCUCUCUAACACCGGAGUACAGCUUUAACUACCCGACCACGCAGUCAAGGGGAUCAUUAACUAACGCUAGCUACAACGACCAUCAGGAUAGGGUGUACUGAUUAUGACAGGAUGAUGGUCCUACGUUCUGACGCAGCGGUCUCAGCUUGAAAGAAACUGCCGUUGGAAUAAGCGGACCGAAUAACCUAUAUACCUCAAUUCUCCCGUGUCUCCAGGUCUACAGCGUGCCAAAGAACAGCCUUAUCCACCCGAUAUCCUCUCACUGCUAUACACCCCUGCUCCACACAUAGCGCCCCAUAUUACCGGGUAGAUAUAGGAGACAGCGGACUACAAACGGGAGCGUCGUCAUCGGAGUUACAGAUGGAAAGAUCCAAAUAUGUCAAUAUGGAUGACAACAGGAUGUAACAGAACACCUCGGCUGUCGAUACUAAGUCACUAAGGAACCAAGAUUCAUACAUUCCAAGAUGGCGGCCUAUGCUAAUCCUCUCAGCUUCUGUGUGAUCUUGUGGACGCUUCUCUGUGGCGUACGAGAAGGUCAAUGUCAAAAUAGAACAACUUUCACACGCCGGGAGGCAACUCCAGCAUCCCCGAAUGUUGGCUAUGCGAUUACUAACAGCAUGUGCAGAUUGGAAUUAGAAGACAAACAAUUUCACAGCUACGUUAAAACAAUGGAAAAGAAAAUGGCUGUGUUGUUUAAAAUCAGUUUACGAACUACAAACACAUCGAAGGAAAAUGACAAACUGUACAAUGAUAUAAGUAUGAAUUACAAACCAUUUCUGUGGUACAAGACCAAAACGCGCCAUGGUCGCACGCUGCUGAUGCUGUCAUUCCACUACGAUGUUCUGUCAAUGUCUAUUCUGACAAUAGGAGUCGAGGAAAUGGAGAUCAACAUCACAGAUUCUCCUCAAGGAUGCCUCCAGAACAUGUCAGCUGAUAACCGAUUGACAGCAAUACGCCAACUAUUGAUAGAAGAAAAACAGUCCAGUAACGAGGACAGGUACUCUAGCGCCCACAGAGACUAUGUAUGCAACCAGGAGAUCAAGAAAGAAGAUGACAACUAUGCAGAGUUCGUGUUCCAGUGCUGCCAUCGGGACUCUCAUGGGAAGAUCAAGUGCAGCGACCAAGAAGAUGACCCCUGGAUCUCCAUCCUGUACAUUUCAGUGACUGCGGUCAAGGUUCUCGUCUUCUGUUUCUGCCCCAUGUUCCUCCCCGCCAAUAUGUACAACGCCAUGUACGUGGCUGCGGAGUACGUGGUCAAGCUGAAGAAGGAGGUGAAGAAGUUCAUCUACAUCUCGGAGGAGAGCGACUAUAAGAUAAAGUACAAACAACGGCUGACUCUGGAGGACAUAUCUGACUGGUGGAGAUUCAGGGACAUGUUGGAGACCAUGCCUAAGAAUGAGAUUCUCCCCAUCAAGAUGUCCGAAGUGCGAAUCACCGUCAAGGGGAAGAGGAUUAUCCCAGAAAAUGAUCCCCCGACUGGUUUGAUGAGGACGUUUUAUGAUAAUCUAUGUCGAUGUAAAAUCAAGGGAAUCGAUCCUUUUGUUGACUGUUGUGACUUGAGCGUGUAUGCUUCUUUGGAAUCGAAAUUUUCGCACAAGUUGACCUGGCAUCAAUUUGUCCAGGCUCUUGUGAAGGGGCUGAUGCUUCUGCUGCUGCCGAUGCCCUACUACAUCCGGUUAUUCAUCUACUACAAGUUCGAGAAGCAUGAGAUGGACCACCGAUACGAGUCUCUGAAUAACUUACAUCUCAACCUCCGCUAUGUCUUCUACAAGACCAACGUCAUCCAGCACUAUAGCCCGAGCCAUGGCAUAUUCAUAGCUGCUUAUUUCUUCUAUUUUCUAGCAGGAUGUGUUAUUGGAUUUUCCUCGCCUGUUGUUCGAGACAAACUGAAGUCCGUUUCCAGAGGUGCCCUUCAGGACAUGAACGCUAUCUCACAAACAGGUGUGCUACAAGUCAUCAUUAGAAUUGGUCUGUGGCCUUUCAAGAAAUGUGGACUAAUAGCAUUGUUGCUCGGUCCUCUCUAUAUGUGUGUAACUUCUCCUUUUUGCAUUGUCAUUCUUGUGUUGUACUGUAUACCAACCAUAUACCUUUCCUUUCGAAUUGUGUACCAAACCAAACGGCAGAUAGGUGACAAUUCAUAUAUGGAUGACGAAGAGAAAGUGAAAAGACGUAAGUUUAGAAAAAUCCAUAACAUAGGCCGGCAUCUUUCUAAAAUAGACAAAGUGGUUCAUAGAUCUACGCCAGAGGCUGAGGAUAAUUGUUGUCCAUCGUCCAUGGGUUUCAAUGGUUUCUCGACCAUUAAGACAGCGUGCCUUCAGGUCACGUGUGCGGUAUUCUGCUUGUGUGUUCUUUAUGCCAUAGCUCUCAUCUUUGCAGAAUCAUUUGGUUUGAUUGUUGAGGUUCUGGCUUUUACGAUGAUGGGGAUCAUUGUGAAUGCCAGUAGCACUCUCAAAUACGUCAGUAUGGUGCUCCUAGUGUUUGUAUAUAUGCACGACUGUUAUAGCAAUGUGUAUCAGAAUUAUCUGGAGUUUAACAAGACUAUAAUAGCAGAGAUGAUAGAUAGAGCUGAGGACUUAAAGAAGAUAGCAAGUCUUCCAUCAAGUAUGCAAGAAAACGCUGCAUUUCAACUUAAGUGUAGUGACGAAGUACCCCCGAUUAAAACAGAUCUGAAUUUUACCAAAAAGGAGAUCAGGUGGAAACUUGGUCAGUUGUUGUUAUUCUUGGACUCAUUUGACACCCCUAGAAUACCUCUUCGACUCUUCCAAAGACUCUGUGAUGUUCAAAUACACGGAGCACCUGGACCAGUUUAUCUGAACCUCCUGAGGGCAACUGGGAAGUUCCUAGUGAUUGUAGUGUUCCUGUUGUUUGUUAUGAUUGUGGUGAUGGCAUUUGGAAAUGUAACGCAGAUGUCAUCAACCAAUCAGACGCUAGCAACUCUAGCUGGUGGGUUUGUACCAAUGCUGCUCAAGAACGUUUUGUCCUCAAAAUCAAUCAAACUGAAUUUGAAGACUAUUAGCUUCAAAGGACAAAUAGACGAGAUCAUUGGGGAGUACAAACAGUACUGGCCUGUGAAGGACCUGGUGAUAGAAAGAGAUCUACCAAAGGAAGAGGAGGAGGAAGAUGGAGAUAAGGAGGGAGAAAAGGACGGUGGAGCAGAGAAAGAAAAGGAUAAGGAGAAAAAUGGGAAAGACAAGAAAGAUGAAAACUCCACCAAAGAAAAGGUCACAACACCCGAGAAGAAGACUGACAGGAAGGAGAGCGUUGUGGACACCCAAGUCUCCAUAAAGAGCAAGGAUUCAAAUGAACCAGGUUUUGUUAAUGAUGGAGAUGAUGGCUUAACAAGUAUGUUUCCACCAAUCCCGGAAGACCAGGAAGUGGACCUGUUCAUAGACCUGAGUUCAGCUGAUGCUCCUGGUGGAUGGUCCUAUCGGGGGUCUUCUGAGAGCAUCCCGUCAGAUUCCAUGAUGCCAGCGUACUUCCCUACCAACGUUAGCGCCGAUAUCACAAAAAUCACCAUUACCUAUCCGGAGGAAAAUCCUGUCUGAGAGAACUGUAUAUUCUCUGGAUCUCAAACGGGACUUCACGGUAAAGGCCUUGUCCUUUGUCAGCCACAGCACGUCCUGGACCCACUAUACCAAUUGCACUGUUUUGUGGACCUACGACAGCAGAAUUCUGCAGUCCAGAUUGAAGCAAGGCUAAAGGAGAAGGUUAUGGUUGUUCUCGAUGGAUGUGGAACCAUCAGCACACACGGACAGCCCCGAUCGAGAGGAAGGGAGAUGUAUAUCGCUGUGUACAAGUUUGAAAACCAGAUAUAGUUGACCGAACUUUAGAUGUUUGGUAUGUUUUGAUGUUUUGAGACACCAUAAAUGGUAUUGUUUUAUGAAACCAUUAAUGGUAUUGUUAUAUGAAUGAUCGGAAUGUAAAUGAUGAGCGAUAACUGAGGUGCUGAUGGCAAAAGCAUUUGUUAGAGAACCUGUUGGUUUAACUUGAGAGAUGCCACGCCUAACAAUUGGGAGCAGAUUACUUGCGUGGACUAUAGUUGUUUAAAUGUUUAACACCUAUAUUGUAUCAUUGUAUGACUUUUGCUUGUAAGCAGUACGCCGUGACAAAUAUAAACUAUAAAUGCCAAUGUGAAAAGUAGAAUAUUAUUAUUUUGACGAUUCCCUUUGCAAAUAGUGCUAAUCAUUUGAAGAGCCGUUGCUGUUAUACAUGACCGAUGUAAGGUGUUCACAGAAAAUUUUCGUAAUUUCUGACAUUUUCACUUUCUACUUAUACCAUGAAUGCGUUGUUUCAUAGUUCAUAAUGUAACCUUGUCUUUACCGUUAUGUGAUGCCAGCGUACGUCCCUACCAACGUUGGCACCGACAUCACUACAAGCACCAUUAUCUAUCCAGAUGAAAAUCCGGCCUGAAAUACUUAUAUACUCUCUGGACCUCACACAGAACAAAUUGAUAACGUUUCGGCCUCGCACUGUAUCUCUGUAUUAUUUUAGGAAAAAACUUUCUAUUUCAGGCAACUAAAUUAACUCCUUCACGUAAACCUUUCAACCAAACUCUAAGUGCUCCUACAUUGAACUUACUUUGUUUCGUACAACCAGCAUCCAUUCAAAGCGGAGACAUUCCAGUUCCAAGUCUGUUGUUAAAGAAAGAAAAUUGGCCAGGCAGUUCUCAAAACCACAAAAUCCAUUAAUUUGAUGUGGCCGCGUCAUUGUGCAUAAUGUUGUUUGUUUCCGUGUAAAGUGUACACUCCAUGUGUGUAAAGUGAUUUACUGAUCGACUUAUAUGUACUUUGGUCAUUUGUUUUAUUUUACAUUCGAUUCCAGACAAAUGAAACUGUACAAUAUUUUGAAUAAAAUCUUGCAAAUAUG